GAAUUCAUUUUCGUAGUACGUUCAUUUGUAAAAGUUGUGUGAGGAAUUAUUAUUGAAAACAAUUAGUAACUAUUUAGGUCUGAGUAGUAAUUUCUAAGUAAUUACCGGUAUAUCAUUACUCGGAAAAAUUCGCAUUUGUCAUCAUCAGUUUAUGAGUGGGGUGAUUCAAGGUUUACACGUCACAGAUAUUGCGAACAUAUAAAUAGAGGUUAAAACUUAAAGUCCAUCUCAUUGUUUCAAAGUUUGGUGUAAAUCGCGUUGUUUAUAAAAAACGUUUAUGUUCUAUACGCUGCAAGAAGAACUUUUGCUUAACUUUAAAUGCCUGUCUUUAACAAAUUCGUUAGAAACUGCGUAUGGUCCGGACAGCACAACAGAAACUUUAUACCAGGAAGAGAGUAUUGGCGAAUCGCUUCACUUAACCAGGAAUAAGUCGAUCUAUGAGGAAACGCCUUAUGAACGGGCGAGAAAUCUCGUUCUAAGAAAAUGUGGCCAAGAGAAACCUCUACCGUUCGAAGAAUGUUAUCCGUCAACAAUUUUACAACGAUGUCGCAAAAUCGGCGAAGGAGUAUACGGAGAAGUGUUCUUGUACAAAAAUUCGGAUGGGUUUGGUACCGUUAUGAAAAUUAUACCCAUAGAAGGAAGCCAAUUGGUAAAUGAUGAACCGCAGAAGAAAUUUCAUGAAAUUCUCUCUGAAAUUGUUAUUGCAAUGGAAUUAAGCAAUUUGCGAUACAAUAAGAAAAAUUCCACCACUGGUUUUUCAGAACUAAAGACUGUAAAAUGUGUACAAGGACGGUAUCCAGAACGACUACUGGACCUGUGGGAUUUGUAUGACGAGACGCACAAUUCGGAAAACGACUCCCCCCAAAUGUUCGGUGAUAAUCAACUGUACAUCAUUCUAGAAUUGGCCAAUGGCGGUAUCGAUAUGGAAACAUUUGAAUUUCAAAACGCAUCUGAAUCUCUCUACUUAUUUAAGCAGAUUGCCUGUAGCUUGGCAGUCGCAGAAAACGCCUGCGAAUUUGAGCAUCGAGAUUUACAUUGGGGCAACGUCCUCAUUUCUAAAAGUGAUAACGACAAACUGCUGCGUUACACAUUAAAUGGUCGCGAAUUUUUUAUACCAAGCAAUGGCAUCGAGGCAUCCAUAAUAGAUUUUACUCUGUCUCGUGUCAAAGUUGAAAACGCUGUCAUUUACAACGACAUCAGUAAGGAUCCGGAUUUAUUCAAUGCCACAGGAGAGUAUCAGUUCGAAAUCUAUAAGCUGAUGCAGAAAAAGAAUAACAACGAAUGGGAACAUUACGAACCCUACACAAAUGUCUUGUGGUUACAUUACGUUACCAAUCAGAUGAUUUAUGCAGUAAGAUAUGCUAAAAGCUCCACGAAAAAUCACAACGCCUCCUUGAGGAAAUUAAUAAAGUUAAACAAUAACAUUUUGAAAUAUCAAAAUGUUGCAGAACUUAUCAAUAAUGAGUUUCUAAAAGAAUAAAUUUUUUAAUGUAAUAAAAUAUAUGUAAGACUUUUAUAGUUGUUACUCUUUUCCUUGCAGUAGUUUUGAUAUAAUAAACACUCGGCCUUGAGUUGUUGACCGUU